AUGAGGCUCAACAAGGUGGAAGUGAACCUUAUAAGGCUGCUGGAGGCCGCUCCCCGGCAGCAAAAUCAGGCUAAACUAGUCUAUGUAUCCUCUGUUCCAGUGCAGUAUGUAACCACAGCCCGGGAGCUUUUGGAGCAGCUAGGAGCUGAGACUACACCAGAAGGGAUAUCAAGCAUUUCAAAAGCUAAGCUUUCUGAGUAUUCAGAAAAGAUUGAAGCACUAGCUUCCAGGCUUGCUGCUUCAGUGCCUGAAAAUGAAAAGCAAAUUAUUGAAAGCAGAGAUGAAAUCUCUUAUGAAGACGCAAAGCCAGAAAGUCCAAUAUCUUUAUCAUCAGGACUGCGAAGGAGAUCAACAGCCCAUGCCGAAGUUGGACCACACCAUCAGGAAGGAAAAGGAGAUAUUGGAGCACCUAUAAAAUUGGAUGCAGAAGCUCAGGCUCACAUUGAGAAGCAUAGGAAGCUCCAAGAAGAUUUGACUGAUGAAAUGGUCGAGUUAGCACAGCAACUGAAGGAACGUAGCCUAAUGAUGAACCAAUCUGUGCAGGAGACAGAGAAGAUCCUUGAUUCUACCGAGAGGGCCGUCGAGCAGAGCUUGGCAAGCACGGGCCACGCAACUUCGCGAGCUGCAGAGGUCUACUCACUAGCUUCCAAGACUACGUGCUUCCAGUGGCUUCUAAUGUUUGUGAUGACCUGCAUGUUUGUAAUGGUUGUUCUGCUCAUAAGGAUCACCUGA